AGUAAUAAACUAGCAAUGGAUUCCUCCAGUUUAACACCCCAAAAUGAAACUGGUAUACAGCAUAUGUCAGAGUCCGUGUUUGUGGGACUGUGUCAUACAGUGGGGACCUCACAACAGGUGGCAAUGAGAAGAGAUAUGAUAGACAUUAGUGAGAUGGUGAGGAAUAGAGUAACAACAAGUAACCAGAACAUGAUGAUGUUGAGUGGAAGUGACAGAGAAGGAUUCAGAAUGAAGGGAUCUGAUGUGGAUUACAUGUAUUGGUUUAACAACCAACCAGUGAUCUGGGACUUAUCUCAGACCCAGUUUUACAAUGUACACAGACAAUCCCUGAUUCUCUCUGUCUCUUCUGAAAGUCCACCCGGAUUUACUUUACUUCAGUUACUGUCACCAAGGGCAAACAACAUUGUUAUCUCAGCAUUAGUCACAAUGAAUGGUAGACGUUAUAUAUCUAGUUCUAAAUACAGAGACAUCACAUGUUCUCUUAUAACUCCCAACUCUACAGUACAUGGUCCAUGUGGCAGUGGAGUUAUUAUGACACUAGAAUAUGAUGAUGCCCAUUGUUUUGCUUGUGAGUUUUGGCCUCCGUCUGCCUCCUCAUGGAUAGACAGAUGUCACACAUGGCCCCAGCCACAGGUUGUUAGGGACAUAGUCAGAAGUGGAUGUCACUUUGUAGCAAUAGGUCACAAAUUAGGAAAUCAUGAAAGCAAUGAAUGGAGAAUUUCAUUUUCUCUGGCAGAACAAAAACUUGUGUACUCAAUGAACCACAGUCAAUUCUUAACUUAUGGUUUGUUGAAAUUGUUCUUAAAAGAAGUCAUUAACAAUGGAUUAGGUGAUAAUGAGAAAUUACUGUGUUCCUAUCACAUGAAGACAGCAGUUUUCUGGAUGAUUCAGCAAAACACAAUACCUAACUGGUGUCCACAGAAUCUCCUGAAAUGUUUCUGGUACUGCUUUAAACUCAUCCUUAAAUGGGUGUAUGAGGGAGUUUGUCCUAACUUUUUCAUUCCAGAAAACAACAUGUUUCUCAGUAAUAUCCACAGUGAAGCACAAAACAGAUUAUUCCUUAGACUGUUUGGUUUUUAUGAAAAAGGUUUAGCAUCCCUGCUACACAGUCCCUCCCUCAGGUCCUAUAUCAUGAAUGUCCUUUAUAACCCCAGACUCAGUAUUUGUACAGAUGAACACACUCUAGUAUCUGAGAUUGAGUUUGAUAAAGAAAUGUUUAUUGAAAUAUUUGGAGUAUAUUCAUUACCCUCAUCAAACCUCUACCUCAAUAUGAAGUACCUAAACACAGUAGACCAGUUGACAGUCUCACCUCUGACACAGUAUCAAGUUCUCAUGUUACAGGUACAUACAGUCGCCAUCCUUCACAAUGCUGCUUUUACAUUACAAAACAUGUACAGGAACACCACUGAAAACAAGCUGAUGUAUAUUGCUGACAGAAUGUCCUGUCACAUGUUGAAACUCACAGACAAGUUUGGGUGUAUUUCUGAUAGGUUGUACAUUGCAAUGUAUUAUUACAAGACACUCAGAUACACAGAGGCUUUGUCUGUGAUAGAGAUGACAAAGGUCAACUUAGCACAGCCAUAUGUGAUGUAUAACAGGACAGUAGACACAGAGAGGUAUACCGAGGCUGUAGGGGGGCAGUCCCGGUCUACAAAGUUAAGACAUGCUGUAGCAUGCAAUAUCAAAUUAAACAACAGAAUCAUUUAUAUCAAUGAAUUAAUGACAGAGCAGAGUUUUUCCUUACAGAACCAUUUCCCUCACAUGAUUAUCCCGCCCCUAGUUGUGUUACACAUGCUGGAGUUCCUGUGUUACAGACAUAUUGACACAAUGAGAGCACAAACAGCUCUUAAUGAUCUACAGGUCCUAGUUCACCAUGAUCAGGGGCUGUAUGUAGCUGUGCACUUAAGAGACAUAUCAUGGCAGAUCCUGGGUAUCUGUCAACAGAUCUCAGGGAACCUCCAGGCUGCUCUAUACUCCUUCCAACAAUCACUCGGACAAUAUCCAUUCCAUAAAAUACAAAGUGCUACACUAAUGAGAAUACAUCAACUUGGAUAAGUAUAAUAUUAUAGAUUUAAAUAUUUCAUGUGGCUUAGAUUAUUGAAUUAUUGUCAAUGACACUUCAUCAGUCAACUAAGUCAAAUGUGAGGACUUCAGAUAUUUGUGUUAUAAGCUACUUGAUGUGGAUUAGAUGUGUUAUUAGCUUAAUUUAUCAGUUCAUUAGUGCACAAAUGUCAAUCUGGACUAUAUGCAAGUAUGCAACUAUGUACACAUCAUUUGAGAGAGAGAGAGAGAGAGAGAGAGAGAUCUAUCUUUGCUGUUUAAAUAUUUGAGCCUCAAAAAUAACUGCAUUAUAUGAUUAUAUUUCAUCAGCAUCAUCCAUCCAAUCAAAAAGUCCUUUUUGAAUUUCUAAACAUUAACAUCAUGUCGAAUAUCAUUUUAAUGUAAGUCAUAUAUGUACAUGUAGUAGAUAGACUAGCAUAUUCUAUGUUAUCAGUAAUAUUUACUAUUUACAUGUAUACCAACCCAAAAGAAGGGAGGGGGUGUCGUAAAACGAAAUUAUGUAAAAAUCAAUCCAAAUACACACAGUGAGUUGGCAUAAUAAAUACUUUGGAAAAUAAUUUUGUGAAUUCUUUUGAGUUUUAGGUUUUGACAAGAAACCCUGUUUCUAUGCACAAAAAUAGGUGAUUUCAUUGGUAUAACCCCUGCGCUGAGCCCACUUGCCAUAAUUUGCAUACACUUCAUUUUCUUUCUGGCUAGGCGCCUGUUUUUACACGGAAAAUCCCAAAUUUUCACAACACACUAUACAUGACAAUAUUUUUGGUAAAUUAAACAUAAUUAUUAAAUAUUUUUACAUCAGUGUAUGUCAAACUUGAAUUAUCAGUUUGGACUUUUGAUUUGUCAUUUUUGUUUUAACUAAUUGCUUUUAACAUCUAUUUAAAUUCCAAAAGUUACACUAAAAUAUUUUAUGUUAAAGCUAUCUUGUAAACAAUUUUGUAUAUGAACAUGAAUUUUAAAAUCAGAGAAUUAGAAAGAAACCUGAGAAAAAUCAUUUCAAGUUAUCAUGAAAUAUUCUAUGCUUUCAACUCAUUGUUGCUUUACAUAUAUAUUUAUACUGUGAAAUACUCUGAAGUGUGGAUCGAGAGUCAGCGUUAUUUCUCGACAAGUUUUAACUACAUGUAAUUACAUUGACUGACUGUUGUUCAAUCAGAAAGUAGUAGGCAGAACCAAGACAUCACUGUAGUCAUGUGAAUAUAUUUCAAAUUUGUCAACAAUUUCAUUUCUUUCUUAAUACAGCUGCAGAUUAGCAAGUGUCACAUUGGGUUCAGUUUUUGAUGAAUCAAAGAAACACAAAUCCAACAGCUGUUGAUCAAUAUAUCUAACUGCAUCUAUAUCUAUUCAUUUUAUAUCUUCAUAUAGAUCUAUUCAUUUCUUACUGAAAAUAUUGAAAAUGUUUUUGAUUUCUUUUUUAUUACAAUGUGCUUACCAAAGUUGAAAAAAUCCUUCAGUCAUAAUAAAUGAAAAUGGUAGUUGAAAUUUUGGUAACUGUGUGUGCUUCUUUUUAUUUACUGGUGUUUAAUCAUUUUUGAUAGUUUUAGGGUAUAGCACCUUCUCCCAUAAUCUCUCCUUGUUGUGAGUUUAUGACAGUACAUGGUGAAUUCAAGUUAAUGUCAUGUUGGUGGGGGUUUUCUUGACAAAAAUGCAGUAUAUAAACUUCAAUGAAUUUUCUACCAUUCUCUGCUUUUACUUCCCAUACAUUUGAGAAACUUGUGCAGAGAGCUACAAGUCAGAAACAAACAGAUGUAGGCUUAACAAACAGUGUCAUAUUAUUGCAUACAUAUUAGUUAAGUUUGUGAAUUAUGUGUAUCACGUCAGCUAUAUCUGUAAUUCGUUCAAAAAUGCAAUAUAAACAAAAUCGAAUGAUUGAUAUGUUCUGAUAUUGCUAAAAUAAUAUAGAAAAUGACUUUGGGGAACUGCAAAACCAAACCGUACACGUUAAAUAUUUGACCACACUGACUUCAAUAUCAAUGUGGUUUGAUUCGAUAUAUAUGUACAUGUAUAUACAGGAUUCUACCCCCUGAAAUCGCUACUUUCAGGGGGUAGAAUCAGAGCAUACCGUAAUUGGUCAGAUAAAAAAUAAUGAUAACCAAAAUUUGAAAUUAGCAAUUACUUGUAUUAAUACAAUCAAAGAAAUUCAACAAACUGAAUCAUUGUAAUACUAUAAGCACACAGGGUAUAUCAAUAUUCGAAAUGAAUCAGAUUUUGUUCUGUAACAUGUUAAUGUAUCGUUAAGAUUCCUCAUUACUAUCUCUCUCUGUCUCUCUUAGUCUUUCUCUCUCAGACACUAGAAUCAGAUAAGGGGGAGGGGGGGGGGACAUUUUUUGACAAUGACUGAGAAGAAUGUAAGCUUGAAAAUCAUGUCAAGAAUAGAAACUAUUCAGCUGAAGUAUGAGCAUUAAUAGUAAAAACCUUCACCCACCCCCAUCUCAACACAAUUUCAAGUGGCUUUCGAUUAAAAAAUGUUGUGGAAGCAUGUACAGCAGAACACACCAACCCCCCACAUGCAACAAAUUAUGAUUUUAAAGGUCGGGCAAAACACUUUGGUUUAUGGUUUUAUUGUCUUAUUUUUGAAUGUCAAGAUUUUUCAAAAUAUGAUGAAACGUGUCCUUCUCUCUGCUCUCUCUUUGAAAUACUGGAGGCAAAUUCUGGCUGAGCAAUGAGGUGAUGUCUAGACUUAACCUACUAUAUUCUGAUUGGAUGACAGUCAAUCAAAACAAUUCACUGAAACCUUUUGGGAGAUAAUGCAGACUCCACUCUUCAGAGUACUUCACAGUAAUUCAUUAGUUAUGUAUACUGUGAAAGGUUCCUUUGUAAUCAUUUUAAUCAAAGUUAUAUGUACCAGUUGAUAUUGGUUACAGCACAAUAAUUAUGAAAAUACAAUGUACAUUCUGGAACAAAAGAUAUUUCUGCUAUAUACCACGGUAUUAUAAAUAAAAAUUAAUGAUA